GCGCGAGCUCACGCCGGUGCGGCGGGGUCUGAGCCGAGCCGUGCCGAGCCGCGCCGAAGGCCGCUGUGGGGAGGGCGGCCCAGCGGGUCCCAACAGGAGCAGCUGCUGCCACCAUGAUGUGCAAGGCAGGGCUAAUCACACCAGAGCCCUCCGACCCCAUGCAGUACUAUGGCGAAUCGUCUGACACCUACUACCACAUGGACCGCUGGCAAAGGCUGCGCACAGCUGUCAGGAAGCUGGAGUUCUGGGAAAACUUCAACGCUGAACUGAUAGGUAGUGGCUUCUUCUCCAAGGUCUACAAGGUGACCCAGGCUGCUGCUUGUAAAGUGAUGGUGGUGAAGAUCUACAAGAACGACGUGGAUGAAGAGGUGAUUGUACGUGAGAUCAGCCUGCUGCAGAAGCUGUCCCACCCCAACAUUGUCAGGUACCUUGGGAUAUGUGUGAAGGAUGACAAGCUGUACCCCAUUCUGGAGUAUGUGAAUGGGGGCUGCCUGGAGGAGCUCCUGGCCAGCAAAGACAUCACUUUGACAUGGAAGGAGAAAGUGGACUUAGCUUCUGACAUUACCAGAGGCAUGAUCUACCUGCACUGCAAGAACAUCUACCAUCGAGAUCUCAACUCCAAGAACUGCCUCAUUCGAGUGACACCAAGGGGCCGUGAGGCACUGGUGACUGACUUCGGGCUGGCCAGAGAGGUGGUGGAGCUGCCUGUGAAGGAUGUGGAGAGGAAGCUUUCUCUGGUGGGCUCUGCUUUCUGGAUGGCUCCUGAGAUGCUGCGGGGAGAGCCCUAUGACCGGAAGGUAGAUGUGUUUUCCUUUGGCAUUGUCCUUUGUGAAAUCCUGGGCAGGAUACCAGCUGAUCCUGAAGUGCUUCCCAGGACUCAGGAUUAUGGCUUGGAUGUUGCUGCCUUCCAAGGGAUGAUCAGUGAAUGCCCCAGGCGGGUGAUGGACCUUGCUGCUAGCUGCUGUCGGGUGGAAGCGUUUAAGAGGCCAUCUUUCUCCGAAAUCCUGGAUGAGUUGGAGGAUGUUGCAGAGAGCCUGGAGCCUAGGAGGGAAAAUCAGCUUUUGGGCUGAGCUGUGGGCCUUCUGCGAGGCCUGGUGGAGUAUUGCACAAACUGUAAAUCAACUGUCUUGGAGGGUCAGGAGUGAAGAAGGAAGGUGGGAAAGGGAACAGCCAAGUGACACACUGGUAUUUAUUUAAUCAUAGUCUCAGUCUCUAAUUUCUGGGUUGGAAAAAGUGGUUAAAAUGGAGAAGGGAUUUAUCAAGGGUAUAUAUUUCUUACGUACGUUUUUAACAGAUGUAAUUCAGACUCAAGCCGCUUUUGUUCAUUUGCUUGUUAAAAGCACAUGAUCCUGGAGGGGCAGGUCAGGGACCUGAACUCCCUUGCAGAUGCUUUCCAAAUACCCAACAGAAAUGUAGUUCUCUCCUGCUUCAAUGUGCCCCCUGGACUCAGGGUCUUCCCCUUCCGUAUCUCCUCUGGCCUUGGGGAAUCUCCUCUAUGGAGGCUGUGGUCCUUGUGGUGUGAAGGAGUGUGGGGUUUUGGCACACUCAGUGAGCCUCAGGGUUGCCUUAUAUUUCAAAGCCUUACAACACCCAUCUGGUAGCCUGGCAAGGACAGGUACGUUCUAAAUCUCUGACUAGGUUCCUUGACGUUGUACACAGGAUGCAUCAGUAUCAGGCAAAGUUUUGGAGUGCUGGGACUAUCCACAGGGUGCUCACCUGCACCAGGCCGAGGCAAUGGGUAGGGUGUGCCUCCUCAAGAUAUGAAUUAACCAAUUAAUAUCUCCUAUCAUAAAAGCUUUGUCAGGCACAUGCCACGUCAGAGUUGUCCCAGUAUUGUAGCAGUCUGGAUUUCUCCCCACUGUCCUCAGUCUGGGUUCAGAGACAGGAGUCUGGGUUCAGGAGUCUGCCUCCCCACCUCUCAUCCUGCUGCAAAUACAUGGUGACAAGCACAGUGCCAACAGCUUGUGAGGCCAAAGCAGGGGAGAGUUGGGUCUGGCAUUAUGCAGUAUCUCACCUAUUCCUCUGCCUGGUCGAGCAUUCCAUUGUCUCUCCAGUGGUUAGACACCCUUGCAGGCCCCAGGGCUCAUGCAGCCAUGAAAGGAUUUUCUUUUGGUACUUUCUUCUGUGUUUUCUUCUGUGGGCUGGAGGAAGGUUGCUAGGUCUGCAGAUCCAAACCAGAGCUGGGAAGAAUAAUGGCAAGAAAUGGUCUGGCACUGCAAAUUGAGAGAGAGAGUUGAGCAGACAAGUUCAUGUCUCCAGAUCAGCUGAUGGCUGCACCAUCUCAUUGUGAAAGACAGGUUCUACUAGGACCAAAAUUUUUGUGAGUGUAAAUAGGCAUAUUGCCUGUAUAGUGGUGGAGCAGUGGCUCUCUUCUUGUAGACCGUAAGCUCUUGGAGCAAGGAUCCUUCAUUUGUCCAUGAGAAAGUAAUUGUAUAAUGUAUAACCCAAUGGAGCUUUCAGCCUUGUGGGAGGAAUGAUGUGCUCUCACAUAGUGGUAUAGACCUACAUGUGGGUCUCAUCUCAAGCUCUUGAAGUAGAAUUUGGUGUCACAUAUGGCCCAACAUCUCUGUGUUGUGGUGCUUGUACAAGGGAGUGUCACUAGUGUGCCAGGACAGAGAUGUUGUGGAGGAGUGGUGCAUUUUCCCUAGGGAUUUCCUUAUGAUCAGGACCUGACAUGAAGUGCACUGAAUGGCACCAGAAUCAUUGUCUCAGCCACAUGUCCAGAGAAAUUCUCAUUCCCCAGAGCUGCCAUCAUGCUGUUGACAUCUGUGCAGAAG